AUGAGAAAGGAAGGAAAAUGUAAAGAUAAGGUUGGGGUGGGAAUUGAAACUGUUGGUAGGGCUUUGACUAAGGAAUUAUGGCUUGUGAUGCCAAAACUUGUUCCCAACUUAGUAAAAGAUGAUGAAAUCUUGGAAGGAAAUGGUGGCUUUGGCACUGUUUAUCUCUUCAAAUUUGGCCUGGGUCAAAAUAAUUUAGGGUCCAUUUGCACAAAUUACAAGUCAACAGCCAGGAUUCUGUAUGAUGGAUGUAACAUGGUGAAGUGGAAGAAAAGAAACGAGAGGAUGAAAAUUUAUGUUACUAGGGGAGGUUUUCAGAAAAUUAUCGAAGAUGUCAUCUUAUGA